AUGUUUAGUGGAAAAGAGAAACAAUGGAAGACAGCAAAAAGGAAAUGUGAUCUCACCAUCAUAAACUAUGCUGAGAAAGUGAUAAGGAAAAAGAGCACCGAAGAGUAUUCAUGCAUGCCAUAUAUCAUGGCCCUAUUAAACUGCUUCCUCUACACUCGGUAUGGUUUGCCAGUUGCAAGUUACAAGUGGGAAAACUUUCCUGUGGUGACAAUCAAUGGAUUAGGGAUAUUUCUGGAGCUAUCCUUUAUAUUGAUAUAUUUCUACUAUGCUUCAACAGAUGGAAAGAAAAAGGUGGCCAUGAUGACUCUACCUGUUCUCCUGCUGUCUUGUUCAGUAGUACUAAUAUCAACAUUUGUAUUCCAUGAUCACCAUCAUCGCAAGGCGUUUGUUGGAAGUGUAGGACUGGUAGCAUGGGUAGCAAUGUAUGGUUCUCCACUGGUGGUUGUGAGAAAAGUGAUACAGACGAAGAGCGUGGAAUUCAUGCCAUUCUACCUGUCGCUUUUCUCAUUUCUAGCAAGUUCGCUUUGGAUGGCAUAUGGACUAUUGAGCCACGAUCUUUUUCUUGCGUCUCCAAAUUUGGUGGGUAGCCCACUAGGCAUCCUGCAGCUCUUCCUGUACUGCAUAUACAGGAAUAGGGGAAGUGAGAAACAACCUCAGAAAUGAACAGAGGAUUCCCAUUUUUCCUAUCUGAUAAUCAAUUUUUUCAGGAGAUAUUUUCCGCUAGUUUCUGACUUCUCUGAUUCCUUUUUUUUGACAAGGCAACUAGUUGAUGUACGUGUGAAUAAAUGCCAGAAAGCAGAGAAAGAGACAGAUGCAGAAUCAUAUGGCCACACCUCACAAAGGGAAUGAGGACAAAUUUGCAGAAUGCUUGAGAAACUACUACUAUAACUAUAAAUGAAAGUUUACUAAAGAGUGUACACAACAGUUGAUAUGCAAAAAAACGUUGUUCAUCAUUCUGUAUAAAACCUGCUUCCUUUUCAACCUCUCGAGAAAUCACCUGACAGCAGGCUCCAUGGUCACCUGAAAGAAUAAGAAUGAAGUAUUAGUAAACCAACUGCCUUUCAGAGUUUGAUAUACAAUCCCCAAUUUGGCUAAAAGUUAAAGUUAUAGCUCAAUCAUUCCCAUAAUCGAACACAAAAAUUCUAACGCAGCAUUAUCUCAUUUCACUCGAUGUCACCACGAGUCCACAAUGGCCUAGAACUCCCACUCUCAAUCCCCAUUGUCAUGUUGCCAUUAGGUAUCAUUGAUCAAAGGAAAGCAUCCAUAAACCAGCCAAAUAUUGAAGGUUCAAAUAACCAUAACAUGAUUUGAUAUUUUCAUCUUGGUUUGUCAUGUCAUGACUCAUGAUUUGUACAAAGCUGUUACUGUUUCUCAAAAGUGAGCAAAUAUUGGUUUUGAAAAACAUGUCAAUAUUUCA